AUGGCCGCCCUUGCCGUACACCGAUGCAACACAGUCGCACGUGCCGUGGGCAAGUGGUAUGUGUCCGCUCCGAACUCCACCACCACCAACACGCUGCUAUUGCUGUCCGUACGCAGCAUCACGACCACUGGCAAAGGCACCACCGGAGGCAGCAACAACAACAAACAGCUGUCCGCGGCCGACGUGAAGAAGAUCCCCGACAGCGAGGUCAAAAAAUCCGUCUUCAUCUCCCAGUCCAACGAUGUGUUCACGAACCUCGCCCUGGAGGACUGGAUCUACCGCAACUUUGACUUUACCCAUCACCACAUCCUGAUGCUGUGGAUCAACAAGCCGACGGUGGUCGUUGGCCGCCACCAGAACCCCUUCGCCGAGACGAACGUGUCCCAGCUGAUGCGCAACGAGGUCGAGCUGGCGCGGCGCAACAGCGGCGGCGGAGCGGUCUUCCACGACCUGGGAAAUCUGAACUGUACCUUCUUCGUGCCGCGGGCUCGCUACGAUCGGAAGUACAACCUGAACCUGAUUACGCGGGCGCUGUACCGCGAGUACGCCAUCAACGCGGACAUUUCCGACCGGGACGACAUCACCGUGAUGGGCAAGAAGAUUUCUGGUACUGCGGCGAAACUGGGUCAGCCGAAUGCCUACCAUCACUGCACUCUGCUGGUCAACUCGAACAAAUUGCACCUGGGGGAGUCACUGGCCAAGGAUGAAGUAAGUACUAGUUGUUAGCUUCAUUAGAACAACCAUGCGUCUCCACUUUA